GUGUUUUAUUUUCCACAGACGGCAGCACUGGUGACGACGGGAGACGGGGUUCUCGAUCGGCUGAACAGGUCUUUCUGUUGGUAGCUUCCUUUGGAAGUGUUAUUCGAAGAUGCCAGCCAAACAAGACAAAAAGAAGACCGACACCAAAGGGUCUGCCAAAAAGAAGGAGGGAUCUUCCUCUGGAGGCAAGGCCAAGAAGAAGAAGUGGUCCAAGGGAAAAGUCCGAGACAAGCUGAACAACCUUGUCCUGUUUGACAAGCAGACAUAUGACAAGCUUCUCAAAGAGGUACCCAGCUACAAGCUCAUCACCCCAUCAGUUGUCUCUGAGAGGCUAAAGGUUCGGGGCUCUCUGGCCCGUAAGGCCCUUGAGGAGCUUCUCCAGAAAGGACUGAUCAAGCAAGUUGUUAAGCACCACAGCCAAGUCAUCUACACCAGGACAACAAAGGCUGAGGAUGCGUGAUUUAAUAGUUGCUUUCAAAUAAAGGAGGUGAAAAUUUAAAAA